UUCGAAACGUGGUCAAGAGAUUUUAGUUCUCCAUAGUCGUUUCUUGGUCGUGCCAGCUGUUACUGUUGUGUCGCGAUUGUUUUUCGAUCCUUUUUUAUAUUUACCCGCGCCGAUUUGAUGGAUGAUGGAACAUAAUCUCGACGACAUUUUGUCUCUAUCGCUAUCAACAGUUUAUUAGGAAAAACAUCCUUUAAUGGCACACCAUUAGUAAAUAGUGUCGCGGAUUUGAAUCAGUGUCGAAAACUUCAAAACUAAAAAUGAAGAAAUUUAUUUGCGGUGGUAGUUUUCGUGCGAAACUGGUGGAGAAGAACGAGGAUUUUAAAGUGGUGAAAUUGAGUGAUAACACCGAAAUUAAGUUAAGCAGAUCGGCAAGUAUGACUAAAGCUGAGCGGGCUCGAAAAAUUUUUAUUUUGCCGCCCAAAGUUCCAGAUUCUGAAGUGCAAAGUAGACGAAUAUCACUGGACUCGAACAAAAAGGGACUGGAUCCAACAGCUCACAUGAGACCACUGACCUCGGAAAUCACGGCUCCUAGAAUCGACAGCUAUCGGUUUUCCAUGGCGAACUUGGAGGAUUCCCAGGAUGUGGACUUGGACGCCAUUUUAGGCGAAUUGUGCGCCCUAGAAUCCGUCUGCGAUCAAGAAAUAGGCCAAGCCCGUGAAAACAAGAGAUUUUCUGAUAUCCAAAAAUUAGCACUGCACGAAUCCAGGACUCACAGUCGAUCAUCUUCAGAAGCUUCCAGGGGAUUGACAGAAGAUAGUAUUUUGUGUGGCAAGAAUGAAUCUGGUAGAACCGAGUCUCCAGAUAAUGAUUCGGCCUUUAGCGAUACCGUUUCUAUGCUAUCUAGCGAAUCUUCUGCUAGCAGUGGAGGUAGCGGUGCUAAACCCCAAUCCCUAAACUUACAAAACAUUCAUCAUGAUGAUGCUUCGCGAAUUAAAGCGGAAAAAAUUCGUAUGGCGAUGGAGAAAAUUAUGGAAGCCAAUAUUCAAAAAUUAUUUCUAAAGGUAUUCACUGUGGAUGGUUCCGCCAAGUCAUUACUUGUAGAUGAAAAAAUGUUAUGUUCCUACGUAACACGGUUGUUAGCAGACAAAAAUCACGUGAAAAUGGAUCCUAAAUGGGCAAUAGUGGAACAUUUACCUGAUCUUUAUAUGGAACGGUUUUAUGAAGACCACGAACUUCUCGUUGACAACUUACUAGUUUGGACGCGAGAGUCUAAAAACAAGAUAUAUUUUGUAGAACGCCCCGAUAAAAUAAAAUUGUUUUUACAACCUGAGCGAUUUUUACUCUCAAACGAAGACAAGAAAGAAAGCUUAGACUAUGACGAACAUGCUAGGAACAUGUUACUGGAAGAGUUUUUUGCAUCAACUAAUGGAAGUAUACCCGAAGUUGAAGGUCCUCUAUAUCUUAAAGCUGAUUCAAAAAAAGGCUGGAAGAAAUAUCACUUUGUCCUUAGAGCUUCAGGUUUAUAUUACUUCCCCAAGGAGAAAAUUAAAAGCGCUAAAGAUCUUGUAUGUUUGACUACCUUCGAAAAUAAUCAUAUAUACUACGGACUGGGCUGGAAGAAGAAAUACAAAGCUCCUACAGAUUAUUGUUUUGCUGUAAAGCAUCCGCGGCUUCAAGAAACAAAAAGCACUAAAUAUAUUAAAUAUUUGUGUGCCGAAGAUGAGGAUACGUUAGAGAAAUGGAUAGUAGGGAUGAGAAUUGCUCGAUUCGGUAAGCAAUUAAUGUUUAAUUACCGAACGCUAAUGGAUGAACUAGCACAAGAAGAAAUGGAUAUUCUUGCUAGUGCUAGAAGCUGUUCUGUCAGCUCCAUUGCGGUGCACAGCAUCCAGUCAAAUAGCACUACACCUACACAAGGAUACUCCGGUAGCGAAGCAGGAUACGGAACCGCCUCAGGUAGUGAAAUUUACUCUGCAACUAGUGAUGCAAGCUCUAGCUCAGGACGUCAUAGCAGGGCAAGCAGUUCUAGUUCUAGUGGUUGCAUGUCCGAUGGAGCGGCAUCUAGUUGUGAAAACGCAUUUGAUUCUGAAUUUCCUAUGGGCACUAUCAAACGUAAACCAUCAAUGAAACCCAACUUACCGUUAACGAAUAAAACUAGACAGUUGAAGGAAGUUGGAGAAACAAGAGAUGAAAUAGACGGUACACUUCCUUCUAGUCCUGUGUCGUAUACCAACACUGGUACGCUUACUAGAAGGCAUAGUAGAAGGAAAUCCAGCAAUGGGACUGACGAUUCAUCGAAUUCGGGUACAUUAAAACGACAACAUUCGUAUAAAAACAGAGGAUCAAUAGAGUCGAUGAACAAUAGAAGCGGAAAUGCAACUCCGUUAGGUGGUGGUACUCCAGUACGUGAGAUGGCCAGUCUUUUUGCUGAACGACCUCCCAGUGUUAAUUCACCUCGUAGUCCCCCUAUGUCGCCUAGCAAUUUAGAGAUGACGUCUUGUAUGACUGACUCUAUUACUUCACUGCCACCACCACCUGAAAUCAGCGGGGAUAUAAUCACCGAGUCGCCCAGCUAUCAACUGCCACCGCCACCUCCUGAACUUUAUAACUCAAACUUAUCACUUGAUAGUUUGCCACCACCGCCCAAUCCUAGCGAAUUACCUCCAAUGACUGGUAGUGAACUGACUGGUAGUCAACUAAGUCUUAUGUCACUGCCGCCACCUCCUGGAGAAGACACUGGAACGAUACGUAGACGGAAAGGCAGUGGAUCGUCGUGUGCCACUCCAACUAAUGUUUUAAGUCCAGAUAGAACUCCUACACAAGGAAUGUCUCCCGACCAAACACCCACACAAUCUAGACUAAAUACUCCAUGUGUUAGUCCCCCUUUAUCUAAUAUGGGUUCAAAUUGUAGUACGCCGACUCAAGCUAAUCCGCCUUGUAGUUUCAGCCCUACCCAAAGAAUGGUUAAUAAUGGACUUCAUGGACAAAUUGGCCAAAACCAUGAUAGAAACUCUCAGCCAGAAUCUAUUUAUGGUAGUAGUAACGGCUUUUAUAACACUCCGCCUCCCUAUGUUAAUCCACCACAAUAUAGACAGACCAGUACUUUACCUGGUACAUCUCCGUUUGCAAACAAUAAUGGUUUAAGAUCAUCCUUAAGGCAAACAUCAUUGCCUCGACAGAUUUCGUCAAAUAGUAUUGCAUCGACGAAUAGUUCAAGUUCCUCUGGUAAUAACUCAAUUUACAAUAUUAGCGGCGAGCUGCGAAAUUCUCCUAAAAGUCAACGAAAGGUAGUCUUCCAAGAACCGACCAGUCCAAAGAAAAGCAACAAAAAGAUUAGUUUUAAUUUAACGCCUCAAGAGGUGCCCCCAUUACCUAAGAAACCUCCACCUCCUAAACGUUCGGAAACUACUCGACUGUCCAGCCCUAAAAAGCUUGUCGAACCACCAACAGACUUCUUAAAGGAUCUUCAACGUGUAAUGCGAAAAAAAUGGCAGGUUGCACAAAAAUGCAAAUUAGAACCAGACACUACACCACAUGAAGUGCUUGGUUUUCGAGAUCCUCCUGUACUGUUACCCGACUAUAAGGAACACAAUGUGUCAAACUGGGUAAAAGAACAUUACGGACCAAAUAAUUUAUAUGAAAAUGUCUAUAGAGAUAGCACGGGAGAGGGUGCUGUAGAAUAUGUAUCAUCGCCGCUUCGCAAUUGCAAAAGACCACCACCGCCACCACCUAAACGUAGUCAAACGACACAACUUUCUACACCCAAAAUGCACUGAUGUCGCGUCUGUUAAUUCCAUCUCAUAUCUACAUGGAUCUGAAAAAAAAAAUACUUCAAAUCGUUAUACUAUCGUGUUUCAAAUCCAAAGUGCUUUUCUGGUUUUAGCCUUUUGUAACAGAUUGUACUCAGCUUCUCAUGCCUGUUUUAAUAUGAUUUGAAGUAAUUUUCUAAUCUUAUACUGCCAAAAAAAUCUAAAUGUAAUAUAUAAUAAAGAGAAACACCAGCAUAACCAGUAACUUAGGCUAAGAUUUCUAAUAACUACAAAACUGCCACAGGAGGCAAAAAUGUGAUUCUUAAUUUGGUAAAAUUAGUAGAGAAUGAUGUGCCAUUUUAUUGAGUGAGUAUUGCUGAUUUUUUCGUUUUGGACUGAUGUAAUUUUAAGCCGCGUGCUUUUUUGUAUAUAUUUAAUUUCACUUUGUAAACGAGAAAAGAAAAAUGUCAAACAUUUUAUGGUGCUUAUAGGUAUAUAAAUCUAUAAUGAAUUUUUCUUAGAUAUAAGGAAGUAGUAAAUUUUUGUGUGUUUUUAUAAAUUUUAUAUCGAAUUUUUACAAGGUAAUUAGUUGGACGAAGUUUUUAAGAAUUGUGGGAAAGGGCAGGAAUAAUGUCCUCUGUGGUGUAACAGGGUUGAAUAAAUGAGUCUUUUAUUUUUGUUUAGUUUUCAGAAUAUAUUUUUUUGUUUGUAAAUAUAUUUUUUUAUGGAAUAUAGCUCAUAAUUUACUUAAGUUUCCUAAAGCUAUCGAUAAAGUGAUGGCAAAUUUUAGCAUAUUGUACAUUUUUAGUUAAACAAAAUGUAAAAUAUUAUUAAGAAAAUUAUUAAGUGUAAACUGGAGGAUCUCUACAAUGCCAUUGGAUAAAA